AGCAUUUCCAGCACAUACAGCUUAGGAGCAUUUUCGCAACCGGUGAUCGAUCAUCAUGGUGCUCUCCACGGAUAUUGACCUCCUGCACCCUCCCGCAGAGUUGGAAAAGCAGAAGCACAAGACAAAGAGAUUAGUUCAGUCGCCAAACUCCUUCUUCAUGGACGUUAAGUGCCAGGGGUGCUUUCAGAUCACAACCGUCUUCAGCCACUCGCAAAGCGUGGUUGUGUGCAGCAGCUGCUCGGCCGUCCUCUGCACCCCCACGGGUGGCAAGGCUCGUCUGACUGAGGGCUGCUCUUUCAGGCGGAAAGGAGACUGAGCACAAUCAGUUUUAAGCGGUAGUGUAGCUUUGUAAUGUUCCAGCUGGUGGAUCGCCAGCAUGGAAUACAAGAUUUUGCCUGCACGAUGAUGCCAGAAUAGCGAAAAAGCUGCCACUGUUGCGUCUGCGGGAGGUUCACACAAUUUGAGAGGAUGCCUCCUGGCUGCCGUGACAUGUGCUGCCGACUUUUUGCAUAAUAUCUGUCUCGAGACCUGCACAGUGCAGCAUGCUGUACUGUAGCAGUUCUAUCAAUAACGCAAUGAAUUGAUCGUUAUAGUUUGUGCAACCCCAAAAUUGCGCCUGCCAAGCAGCGUCUUUCAAUCAAGUUUAAAAUGCCAUUGCAAAAGAAAACAAAAAAUGUUGGAUCUUUGUAAAAGGAGUGAGAUUCCACCCAU